AUGGCGACCAAAACGCAACGCUUCUCUUCGCCCUUUGCGUCGGCUCUAACCUCUAUCACCUCGACGUGGCCGUCCACAUCAACACUACAUUCCUCUCCUAUUCCUGCUCAACCCAAGCACUGUGAUCCCUCCCAAUACAACAACCAUCUGAUCAAACCCCAUCCAAUGACAACCAGGACCUACCCGUACGCACCCCCCAUAAGCGACCCAGCCUCCCGGCGCCGCCAACCCAACAUCCUCAAACGCCUCUCCAACCGUCUCCAGCUCGCCUAUUACCGCUAUGAAGUCACCUAUGGCAUCUACGUCAUGACGCCCGAGGAGAAAUUUGUCGCCAAUUCCUUCCUGCUCGUGUUUCUCUCACUGCUGGUAUGGGCGUUGUUUCUGUAUUUCCCGCCAUUGCUGUUUCAGAAACUUAGCAGGCUUGUUUGGAUCCUUACGGGGACGGACGGGGUGAAGGAGUCGAUUGCUGUGUCGUUGACUUUGGCUAAUGCGACGGGGGCUUCAACUGGGAUUUGUGCUGGUGCCGGAAUUGCAGAAGCGGCGAUAUUGCCAACGCCUUCGCUGCCACAGAUUUGA